CGGUGACGUAGCGCGCAGCCGCCGGGAGAAGUUUGAAAAUAAACGUGAAACUUUUUAUUUCUCUAACGGUGAAUGUCAGCGUUGUUUCAUUGAUCCUAACGAGCAGAGUCUGAACAGAAAGGCGUCCUGAAGUGACGGCUCGUCGCAGAGGGAGCUUCUUCAUCCCGGCAGAAAUGUCUUCCCCAGAAGAAGAACCUUCAGGCGUCCCGUCGUCCGCCACCGUGUCGUCCGCCCCGGCUGCUACCGCGGACAUUCAUCCUAAAGAGGAGCUCAGAAAGCUGCUGGACGAAUGGGAGGAAGUAGAGACCGGCACCACGGAGCAGCUGGUGUCCGUCCUGACUAAAGUUUCUGAGCUGAUCGAACGCAACACAGAAAUGUACUUCAAAGAAGACCCCGAUCCGUUUGACGAUCGCCAUCCAGUUCGAGCUAACCCCGGCUGCGUGCUCGGGCAGCUCCUGAAGACGAUCUUUCAGAACGAUGAAUUCGCCAACGCGCUGUUGGACACGUACAUCAUGACCAGCAGAGAGCUGAGUCUGAACACGGCCGCCUGUCGGCUGCUCCAGAACAUCAUGCCGGGCGUGGAGACCUCGGUCGUCUUCCAGGAGAAGGAAGGUCUGGUGGAGACGUUGUUCACCUGGGCUCGUGAAGCAGAGCGACCGCUGUGCGUCUACAGCACGGGCCUCCUCGCCAGAGCCAUGAGCGACCAGGAAGUGGCGGUCGGCUACCGAGAACAAAACGCUCAGCUGGUACCGCUCAUGAUUCAGCGCCUGCACGAGCUGCAAAGUGAAGAGGCAAAGAGUCACUCUAAUCCCAAAAAGGCACUCCAGAAUCUACCUCAGGACUCUCCUCAAACCUCAAACAUCUCAACAGAAAGGCAUGAAAAGCCAGAGAGGGAGGACGAGGGAGCGGAGGAAGAGAGAAGCGAGAGAGACGGAGAGAGCAGAAGGUCGGCGUCCAAGUGUUCCAAACCUCUGUCACAGCUCGGCUCGGCCGUGAAGAACAGCAGGAGUGGACCCAGCUCCACCCGACUGCUUCCAGGCUUUGUUUAUCAAGCAAGCCAGGAGUCCACCUCGAAGGAGACGGAGGACAGGCAGGGAGAGGGAGGAGGAGGAGGAGGAGGAGGAGGAGGAGGAGGGAGGAAUCGAGCGGUGAAGGAGAACGGGAGGAAGGAGCAGAAACUCAACUUCACCUCCUCCAACAUGACCGAGGAGGAGGAGGAGGGAAUGGAACCCAGAGACCAGCCAACCGGCAGCUCCUCCUGGUCCGAGAUGAGCUCCAUGGUGAUUGGCUCAGACUACUGCUUGUCACCACUGAGCCCGGCCAUGGAGCAGAGGCUCAUCCUGCAGUAUUUGACACCGCUCGGAGAUUACCAGGAGCUGCUGGCUGUCUUCAUGCAGCUCGACACCCGCUCCUUACUGUUGAACUACAUAGACCUGAAGAGGACCAAAAACGUGCAGCUCACCUAUGAUGCACUUCUGUAUCUCGCCUCGCUGCUCCUCCACAAGAAGUUCGCAGCACAGUUCAUCGCUCACGGAGGAGUGCAGAAACUUCUGGAGAUCCCGAGGCCUUCGAUGGCAGCCACUGGAGUCUCACUCUGCCUGUACUACCUGGCGUACAAUCAGGAUGCUCUGGAGAGGGUGUGCACCCUCCAGGACGGCGUGCUGUUAGGCAUGGUGGCCUACGCUCUGUGGCUGCUGGAAUCAUCUCACGCUUCAGGCGUCUGCCACGCCACCAUGUUUUUCUCCAUUUCAUUCUCCUUCAGAGCGGUGCUGCAGCUGUUCGACCACCAGGAUGGCCUGCGCAGACUCGUCAACUUGAUCAGUACUUUAGAGAUCCUUGACAUCGAGCACAGAGGCUCCGUAUUGGGUGAUGACUUUGUUUUCUCCAGCCGGCAGAUAGCCAAACACACCUGCAUGGCCCUGCGCAGGUACUUCGAGGCUCACCUUGCAGUUAAAACUGAACAAGUAAAACAGUCCCUGCACACAUCGGAGGGAGGUACCACUGUUCCCCAGCAGCCAUUUUACAAGGCAUACACGUACACCAGAGAGCAGUUUAUCGAGAUGAUGGAGUUCCUCAUCGACUGUGGUCCUCCUCAGCUGUACUGGGAGCCAGUGGAGGCUUUCUACAAAAUGUCCUGUGUCCCUUUAAUGCUGCAGCUGAUAUCAUUAGCCUGUGACUGGAGGACUUACUACGGCAGGAGUGACACAGUGCGGUACGCUCUGGACAUCCUGGCCAUGUUGGUGCUGGUUCCCAAAGUUCAGUUGGUGCUGGCGGACACUGUGGAGGUCCUGGAUGAAACCAAUUCUCCCGUUUCCACUGUGGGUAUGAGCAUCAUCCUGGGUGUUGCAGAGGGCGAGGUGUUUGUCAAUGACGCUGAAAUCCAGAAGUCUUCUCUACAGGUCAUAAUAAACUGUGUGUGCGCCCCAGACCAGAGCAUGAACACAGCGGGGGCUUUCACUGUCACCCCCCUUAGGCCGUCCCUCCACCUCAAACAGCCGCCCGCCCCCCACAACAGAGUGCUGGUCCACAUGUGGCAGGUGGUGCAGAACAACAACGGCAUUAAGGUGCUUCUGUCUCUGCUGUCCGUGAAGAUGCCGAUCACAGACGCCGACCUGAUUCGAGCUCUGGCCUGUAAAGCUCUGGUUGGACUCUCCCGCAGCUCAGCGAUCAGGCAAAUCAUCAGCAAACUGCCGCUCUUCACCAGCAGCCACAUCCAACAGCUGAUGAAGGAGCCGGUGCUGCAGGACAAACGGAGCGAGCACGUCCGUUUCUGCAGAUACGCCGCUGAGCUGACGGAGCGAGUGUCGGGAAAGCCCCUCCUCAUGGGUACGGACGUCUCGCUGGCUCGUCUGCAGAAGGCCAACGUGGUCGCCCAAUCACGGAUCACCUUCUCUGAGAAGGAGCUUCUCAUCCUGAUCAGAAACCACCUGGUGACCAAAGGGCUGAGCGACACAGCGAACACGCUCGUUAAGGAGGCCAACUUACCCGUUAACUCCUCCUCCUGUGUCACGCCUCCCGCCUCCGCACUCAUCCCAAGGACAUGCAGGUUACCUCGGGGAUCCUCUCCGGCGUCCUCCGCUGCAGCCUCCUCCACCACUCCCUAUCGCUCCCCUGUCCUUCCUCACGCCCCGUGCUCCUCCUCGUCUGCCAUGCUCCCCCCUCCCCCUCCUCCUCACCCGUCCUGUCACUCGUCACCUCAGGGACAGGCUUCACCUCUGCUCGGACGCAUUUUGUUCACGCGGGAACGACAAGCGACCCCAUGCAACUCAGGAAAAAAACUCAGGGCUUUGAAACAGAAGUCUGACCACGGGGCUUUCAUUCAGACUCCGGCCAUGAAGAAGCAGCUGGAGCGCCACCUCCCGUCCCCCCCGUCCCUCGACAGCAUCAUCACCGAGUACCUGAGGGAACAACACGCCCGCUGCCCCAACCCCGUCACCACAUGCCCCCCCUUCUCCCUCUUCACCCCGCACCGCUGCCCCGAGCCCAAACAAAGGAGGCAGGCGUCGCCCAACUUCACCGCCCGCCUCGGCAGCAGGGUGCUGUACCCCAAAUACGGAGGUGUGGACAGAGGGUGUCUGGAUCGACAUCUCAUAUUUAGCAGGUUUCGUCCGAUGUCGAUCUUCCACGAGGGCGGUUUCACCUGUUGUGCCUUCUCAGCCCGCGAGCGUUUCCUGAUUCUGGGAACCUACUCGGGUCACCUCAAGUUUUAUAACGUCUUCUCUGGACAGGAGGAGGCGAGCUACACCUGCCACAUAUCAGCCAUCACACACCUCGAACCCUCCAGGGAUGGAAAGUUGCUCCUCACCUCGGCUCCUUGGAGUGAACCUCUGUCUGCUCUGUGGAGUGUGGACAGCGUCUUCAGCAGAAAGCACUCGUUUGUAGACGAUCACUACGUGGAGUUCAGUAAACUCUCUCAGGACAGAGUCAUCGGCACCAAGGACCAAGUCGCACACAUCUAUGACAUCCAGACGGGUCAGAAGACGCUCACCCUGAACGACCCCGCCCUGGCCAAUAACUACAAGAGGAACUGUGCCACCUUCAGCCCCACGGACGACCUGGUGCUGAACGACGGCGUUCUGUGGGACGUGCGGGCGUCUAUGGCUAUCCACAAGUUUGACAAGUUCAACAUGAACAUCAGCGGGGUUUUCCAUCCCAACGGCCUGGAGGUCAUCGUCAACACUGAGAUCUGGGACCUGAGGACCUUCCACCUCCUUCACACCGUCCCUGCUCUGGACCAGUGCAGACUGGUCUUCAACAGCAACGCCACCAUCAUGUAUGGAGCGAUGCUGCAGGCGGACGACGAGGAUGACGCCAUGGACGAGCAGAUCAAGAGUCCCUUCGGCUCGUCCUUCAGGACCUUUGACGCCACGGACUACAAGCCAAUUGCGACCGUGGAUGUGAAGAAGAACAUCUUUGACUUGUGUACAGACAGCAAAGACUGCUACCUGGCUGUCAUCGAGAAUCAGGACACGGUGAGCUUGGACACGGUGUGUCGUCUGUACGAGGUGGGACGACAGAAGCUGGCAGAAGAGGGAGACGACGACGAUCAGGAUGAAGACCAGGACGAUGACUCCUCGGACACAGAUGAAGAUGACGAUGAUGAUGACGAUGAUGACGAUCUGGACACCGACCGGCUCAUAGACGAAAUGGUGAAUGACGAAAACGCAGAAGAAGACGGGGACGAGUCGCCCUCUCCCACAGACGAGGAGAUUGCAGAUCUUCUCGGCAGCAACAGCGAUAACGACAACAGUGAUGACAAUGAUGAUGACGACUCUGAAGACUCGGACCAUUCAUACAGAAGUGAUGAAGGAUCGAGCGUGACUUUUGACUUUGAAAACAUGUUGUAUCCAGAGCCCUCAGAUGACGACUUGUCUCAGUUGCUUCGGGCUUACAGCAGCAGCUCGUCCCCCUGACCCCGGGAUGAAAUGAUCGUCUCUCUUCUGUCAAAACGAAAGCCAACGUGGACUUUUCUUUUUAACCAUCAUUUAUCCUUUAACAGGCAAGUAAACUGUGAAUACACUGCUAUGCACUAAAGCUUCCCAGAGGAGGACAAAACAUAUCUCUGAUUUACUCUCUAUGUUCUGAACUUACGAGAGACGACAAUGACGGCAAAUAAAUGAUUACCCAUAGUUCAUGGGGCUCAGGAGAAUAAACGGACUCUUCACUCAGCUGUCGGAGGAUUGAGCUCGUUUGAAACGGACGUUAACAUUUGUUUCUCUGCUCGACAGAAGAGGUUUCUCACGUUCUCAAAAACAUUUUCUCACAGUCUUGAGCUCACAUGACCUCUCGACUAACAGAGGAACGUGAUCGUCUGUCGAGGAGUUUUCAUUAUAUGUUCCCCUGUGUCCUCAUUGAUGAAUCAUUCAGGUUAAAUCUAAAGCGCAGAAUAUAAACACCUGGAUGUGAUAUUAGAUUUUCUUGAAUCCUCUAGAUGCGCUGUUUGUAAGACUGAAUCCAUUUACUUCCUCUGAGAGUGGAUUAAGGUGUUGAACUCUAAAGUUUCAUGGUUAAAGGGCAGAUAUUUCAAUAAAGUCAGUAAGGAAGCACAGAAACAGCCGGGCGCCUUUAAAACUUUGGACACCAGUUAUAUUUUUUCAAGCUUGAUCUUUACGUCUGCUCAUGGAUCUGAUUGGCUCCUCCUCCACCCUAAUCUCUUAUAUUAGAUUUUACAAACUUCUUCUGUUUUACCGUUCAAAUCAGAAAAUUAAAAACUUUUAAAGAAUUGAACUGCCCUCUUUAGGAAGCAGUAGAUACUUAAUGUGCACGAUGUCUAAACGGCAACUGUGCAAUCCAAUGCACUGCUGCUUUGCUCAUUUUGAGCCUGUUGUUUUCAUUAAAGGUGACAUAUCCUCCUCCUCUCCAACCAGUUUCAAUAAGUCUAAGAGCUCCCCAAAAUAUCUGUGAAGUUUCUUGUUCUAAAUCCACUCUGAUCCUGUAUUUGAUCAUGUCUAUAAACCCCUCUAUUUCAGCCCUGCUCAGAACAGGCUGUUUCUGUGUCUGUACCUUUAAAUAUGUAAAUGAGCGGUGUCUGACCACGCCCCCUCUCUGGAAGGGCUUGGGUGUACUCGGUGCUUUCUCGCUCCAUGUCCUAUUGUUUACGGUGAGAAGGCAGACUCAGAGGGCAGAACAAACACCUAGCUGUGGGAGUGUCACCCACCUGGGGGAGGGGCUACUGCCCUUUGUGAUGUCAUGAAGGGAAAAUCUCCCCUGUUUGAGCACACAUUUUCUGAAAAGUGGAGCAGGAAAAAGACGGUGAGGAUGGACUUUUCUAAUAAUUGGGGAGUUUGUAGACGAACUAGGGACACAUUAGUUUUAGAAAAAAAAUGUUUGCAUCAUAUGUUACCUUUAAUAUUAAUUAGAAUUACCCCUGAAAUCCCACAAAAAUAUUUUUGAGGGAAACCUCGAUGUGGAAGGGUUUUAUUUUAGUUUGGAUUUUUCAGUUUUGUAAUUUAAGUUAUUUUUUACUUUUGUUUAAUUUAUUUUUGUGCAUCUCAACGAGGAGGUUUAAAGCUUUUAUGAGAGAUAUUUGGGAGAAAUGUUAGGAGCUCUCUGUGUGAUUGAUGCUUUUACCGUCUGCCUGUCGUCAAGACUGAAAGCACAGAACGAGCCUUUCAGACAUCUGGAAAAACUUUAAUAUGUUGGUGUGCUUUCAGUGAAACUCUAAAUCACAGUAAAAGCUGAACAGAGCGGCUGAGCUGUUAGUGUUGAAUCGUUCACUAUGCACGAGGAAUGGUCGCCUCUUUUGAGUUUGUAGCAGCUGAUGAAGUCGGCCAGCUAGAAUAUUGGAAUAGUUGUCAUAAAGUACAUUUAUGUGAUUACACUCUGCAGGGAUUGUUUCUUCUAACGUAGCUUGAUUUGUAAGAGUGUCCAUGUGAAAUCUGACUUUGAUAAAACCAGUAGUUCAAACAUUUUCAAAUGUUUUAAUAUAUUUCAUAGUCCUGCAAUAAUUUCUCUAUCAGCCGCUUUAAGGUUUCGAACAUGACGUUUGUUGUACAGAGUGCUUACCUCAUCAGUGACCAGGCGACCUUUGUCCUGUGUCUUCAUUACGGGUCAUUAAUACAGCCGGUGUAUGAUGUAUAUAUUAUAUAUCACACCUGUCUGAGGUUGUGGGCGUCGCUGUAUGAUCUCUUUUGUAACUGCGUCCAACAAUCUGCCUUAAGUCAAAAGGUUAUUUUUCAUGCCACAGCAGCGUAACAGAGACAUAAACUUUACAUUUUACAACCUGAUUGUUUUGUAUUUACAGCCGUUUGAAUUGUUGUGAUUGUUAAUAAAGAUGACCAGUAUAUAAUUAGUUGAACUUUGAUAAUAAAAGACCUCUCUCUCUC